AUAAGGCUAACUGAUAUUAAUUCUGGAAGCAAUCUUUACAGUCUAAACAGUCAUAGCUCUUUGGGUAUGCAGUGUAAGAACAAGCCAAAGACAAUGUGAAUGCUGAAGCAAAUGGGAAUAAGCUUGUUUGUUCCAGGAUGAAUCUCCGGUUUCACCUGUUACCAGGUUACCAGUGUGUGAGCCAAUUAGAUGAUACACACCUGUGCAUGUAUUGGCUGCUCUGUUCAGCAAAACAGAAUGCAAAGUGGGGUUUUUCUUGUGUGUAUUUUUUUUUAAAUCAUUGCAUAGUUUAGGUCUAACAAAAUAGCUGUUGUUAUUGUCCUCUAUCAACAACGUCACUCUCAAUUUCCAUUGGAGUGGGAUGCCUGUUACACUUCCUCCGCUCAAAACUACACCUCAUUUUAAAUUUUAAUAAGGGAGCUAAAACCAUGUGCUGUAGCAAAGUGUAACUGUAGAGGGCGGUAAGUGACCACUGACGCGAAUAGCAGACGCACGCCUUCAGGUACUUACGAACAUUUGCUAGGUUAAUUCUAAGGUUAUAAAGACGCCCGAUGUCGGUAUUAAUUACAUAGAUAAUUACAAUUAUAUAAUUCCGUUAUGUCACAUGCAUUAACACGCAACAUUGUCGACAGUAACUGCUGCCAUUCGGUAAAAUGUGCAGAAACCACACUUUUCAGUACAUUCACCACUUAAUGUAAACAAUUUUCAGACAUGUUAUUCUCCAGCGAAUAAGGGAAGACAUUGCUAUUACAUUUUAAGGCAGUUAAAAUGGUUUGUCCCGUCUCGCAUUCGGCCCAAAUCAAUAACCACUACAGCUUUUUUUUUUCUUCAGAACUCCAGGGUUGUAAACCGUAAAAUUGUAAAAUAAACGAAAGCUUGUCAUCGUAACGCUUAACGUAGUAAUACUGAAGCUGUAGCCUCCGAUACACAGCAAGACCUGGUUUUAGUUCCCCAGUCGUCGAGUGCGUCCCCUGGCUCACGUGACCACGGGGCAGCUUGGUAGCCCACGCCAUGAAGCGGUGAACUGACAGAGAGGGAUUGCGUCCAGGGCUGCGCUCUUUCUCCCGGCUGUUGGCAUUGGCAUAUAUUCAGCCCGUUUUUCCACACGGAUUCGCAUCUGACUAUGGGUAACUGAGGAAACCCUCUCGUAAAAUAAGAAAGAAGAAAACAAAGUCGGGAAGGCAUACAUUUACGAACCGGGAAAAUGUGAGCUUUGGAACUGAGACGUGUGCGUUGGAGAAUGGACUUUGACAAAGUUGUUUGGAUGCGCAGGGUUCCCUCUUUUCGAGAAGUGGCGCGCCGAAACGUGUGCGUUUUCACUACUGGGGUUUUGGAGAGAGCACGCUAUAGAUUGAGAAAUAUGCGGAGAUUGUAAAAUGUGGACUUCGAGAAGGCAUCGUAACUGUGCGGUGACUACCAUGCUAUUUCAGGUAAUUGCAAUUUCACUGAUUUGUGGUCAGUCCUCUGCUCAGGUGUACAACCUCAGUCUCACUAUUGAAGAGGGCCUCCCUGCUGGGACAAUUGUUGGUGACAUAAGGGCAGGACUCCCGGAGGACACUGCAAGCAGCGGGUUCUUUAUAUCUGAGAGCAGGGACUCCCCUGUGUUCAAAGACCUGGAAAUAGAUGGAGACACUGGAAUAAUUUCGACAGCUGUAGUGCUGGAUAGAGAAGUUAGAGAGAAAUAUGAAUUUGUGGCAGCCACCUUAACUGGGGAGAUGAUUAAGGUAAAGAUUGUGGUCAGGGAUGUCAAUGACCACUCUCCAGUCUUCACCAGGGACGUUGUACAGUUGAAUAUUUCUGAGCAAAGCCCUCCCGGCACCAGGUUCGAGCUGGAAGGGGCCCUUGACCAGGACGAGGGUGAGUACGGAACCCAGGGUUAUCGCAUCACUGACAGUGUGAUCGGAGAGUUGUUCAAGGUGGAAUACAAUUCAUUCAGUCUGGACCUUGUUCUUGCUGACCGUUUGGACAGAGAGAUGAAAGAUUUUUACACAUUUACAGUUGAGGCUUUUGACGGGGGCAUUCCACAAAAGACAGGAACACUACAGGUGCAGGUGCGUGUCCUGGAUGAAAACGAUAACGCUCCUGUGUUCAAUCAAAGCGAGUACCACGCUCUGGUGUGGGAAAACGCACCUCUGCUUACUUCAGUGUGUCAGGUGUACGCCACGGACAUGGACCUCGGAGACAGCGGGCGGGUGGCCUACGAAAUCAACCGCCGCCAAAGCGACCCAAACGAGCUCUUCAUCAUCGACGCCGACACCGGGGUGAUCCGCGUGAACAAGCCACUGGACUACGAGAUGCAGCCGUUCCACGAGCUGAUCGUUCGCGGCGUAGAUAACGGAGCACAGCCCGAGUACAGCAGUGCCUUGGUGGUGGUGAAGGUCCGGGACAUCAAUGACAACAGCCCCACUAUCAACGUAAUGUUCCUCAGCGAGUCCGGAGAGCCGGAGGUUUCAGAGGGGGCCGGGGUCGGAGAGUAUGUGGCCAGGAUAUCUGUGUCUGACCCCGACCUGGGAGACGUCGGCAGGCUCAACGUUUCGCUUGAAGGUGGGGAUGGGAAAUUCACUCUGAAAUCCUCAGACGAUUUCCUCUACUUGCUCUGUGUGGACAGUGAGCUGGACAGGGAGGAAGAAGACCUCUACACUUUGAAGGUCAUUGCCUCCGAUUUUGGCGCACCACCCUUGUGGAGUGAGCAGGCUUUUAUGGUCAAGGUGACUGAUGUGAACGAUUCCCCACCAGUUUUUGAGAAGGAUGAGUACACUGUGAAUGUCGCUGAGGACAUAUUUCAAGGGAGCGCGAUUCUGCAGGUCCACGCUACCGACCUGGAUGAGGGAAUCAACUCUGUGGUACAUUACUCAAUUGCCAAGUCGGAGCAAGACUACCUGGUCAACAUCGACCCCAAAUCCGGCCUCAUUACCACAACAGUAACCCUAGACCAUGAGAAGGAGGCGCAAAUUCAAUUUUUGGUGGUUGCUGUUGAUGGAGGCUCCCCUCCACUGUCCUCCACAGCCACUGUCCUGGCCCAUGUUGAGGAUGUCAAUGACAACGAGCCUGUGUUUGACAGACAGCUGUACAACACAUCAGUUCCUGAGCAUUCUCCUAUAGGGACAUGCUUUCUACAGGUGACAGCAACAGAUGCUGACACUGGAGAGUUUGGCAAGGUGCGAUAUUCCCUCUCCCAUGGGUUGGACAGCUACCACAAGCACCCUCUCUUCCAGAUUGACCCAGACUCUGGCCAGAUCUGCGUGUCUCAGGACAUCGACAGAGAGGCGGGGCUCAUGAACCACGAUAUUCUGGUCAAAGCUGAAGAUCUGGGAGGCCUGAGUACCCAGACCUACGUCCAUAUAGAAGUGGAGGACCUCAAUGACAACCGUCCACAAUUCAGUCCAGAGACUUAUGUUACGAGUGUCAGCAGUCAUGCCCAGCCCGGCACAGAGAUCCUGAACGUCAUCGCUGCGGACAGGGACUCGGGGACGUUCGGACAGGUGUCCUAUGAGCUUCUCCCAGGGGAUUUGUCUUCCCUUUUCUCGGUGGAUAGAUCAACAGGCGCGGUGUACCUGACCUCCACUUUGAGCCACCUGGGCACGGCCAGCGUCAAGCUGUCGAUCUCUGCCCAGGACGGGGCGGGCCUCGCCUCCGCUCGCCCCGCGGGCGUCACCGUUAACAUCCUGCGCAGCGCCCUGGCACCCGCCGUCUUCCAGAGCUCUCGCUAUGCCUUCUCCGUGCCCGAGGACUCGCCCGUGGGCACCGCCGUGGGCACAGUGCAGGCCACCCAUCCUGACAAUUCCCUGGAGUCCCUGUCUUACAGGAUAUCCUCCGGAGACCCCCAGGGCCUAUUCCGUGUCCACCCUGAGUCCGGUCUCAUUAGCACCAUGAAGACACUGGAUCAUGAGUCUCAACCCUACGCCUUACUGGUGCUUCAGUCCCAGACAGGCAGCUCCCCCGUCUACAGCAGCACACAGGUCAAUGUCACGAUCACCGACGUGAAUGACAACCCACCGGUCUUCCCCAGGGACAUGGAGUCCGUGACAGUCUCCCAGAGCACGGCGCCUGGGACCGUGCUCUUCAUCGCCCAUGCCCACGACGGGGACAGCGGCGCCAAUGGGAGGAUCCACUACUUCCUGCAGGGGGAAGGCUCCGGAACCUUCGCCAUCGACCCACACCUGGGGACGGUGUCUCUGAACCGGAGCCUGUCCCGGGACGCCCAGGCCAGGUACGCCCUCCAGAUUGUGGCGGAGGACGGGGGCACCCCUGCGCUCAGCUCAGCCCUGGGGCUCGUGGUGAACGUGGAGCGCUCGGCGGCUGAGGACACGUUGGCCUUCGAGACGCUGGUGUACCAGGUGGAGAUCAGCGAGAACGCCCCGCCCGACUCCAGGGUCAUCCAGGUGCGGGCGCAUGGCAGACGCCCGCGGACCUACGCCAGCCUCUCCUACUCUCUGCAGCCCAUCUCUGGGGUUCCGCCCUUUGGGAUCCAUAGCGACAGCGGCUGGCUGUUCCUCACUAACAGCCUGGACCACGAGUCGGCCCCCAUGUACCGCUUCCAUGUGGUGGCUGUUGCCCACGAGAGCGCCACCACACUCAACGCCACAGCCACCGUCAUCGUCAUUGUCCUGGACGAGAACGACAAUGGCCCCGUCUUCACACGAGACACCUAUUUCUUCACUGUUCAGGAGGGCCCCUCCCCCCAGGGCCUGAUUGGCACAGUCAAAGCCACCGACAGAGACUCCAGGAAGAACUCACAGCUGUCCUACAUCCUGCUCUCUGAUGGCAAGCACUUCCGCAUCAACUCCAAGACAGGGGAGAUCAUUAACUGGGUGGCUUUAGACCGGGAGCAGCACACUCAUCACACACUGAAGGUGCUGGUGACAGACCACGGUCUCCCUCGCCUCAAUGCCACCGCCACCGUCCACGUCCUCGUCACCGACAUCAACGACAACCCACCCCAGUUCACACAUGUGCCAGCGAGUAAGGAGCUCAACGUGCAGGUUUGGGCUGGCCUACCACCAGACUCUAUGGUAACUACCAUGUUUGCCAGAGACCCUGAUGCAGGAGAAAAUGGAACAGUCAUGUAUUCUCUGAAGUCAGAAGACGAGCAGGGGCAUUUCGAGAUUGACAGUAAGACCGGUGAAAUCCGCACCACAAGCUAUUUUUCGCUGCGGCCCGCAUCACACUACACCCUGACUGUCAUUGCCACGGACAACGGACGGGCUCCGCUUGAGGAAACCGCUGUGAUUCACCUGCAGGUUAUUCCCAUUGAGAAUGAGAACGGCAAAGCACUGUCACAGGCCUUCAGACACUUCUCUGUGAGAGAAGACACCCAGCCGGGGACGAUCAUCGGGUCAGUGGCUUUUCCCGCGGGGAAUUAUGGGUCGGCAGCCUACUCCAUCGUGGAAGGGGAUGGCAGUCUCCAUUUCGGCAUCGAGCGCUCCCGUGGGGACCUGUAUCUCAGCCAGGAGCUGGACUACGAGGCCACCUCCCACUACCUCCUCAAGGUGCGUGUGGAGGACAGGGGCCAGUUUCCAGCACUCAACGAGUCUGUGUUCGUCAGCGUGAGCGUGGAGGACGUCAACGACCACUCGCCCUGGUUCGCCGACAACAUCAUCGUGUUUGGCCUGGAGGAGAACCGCCCCCCGGGGACGGCGGUGUACACGUUCAACGCCAAAGACGGGGACGGGAGCUGGCAGAACAGCGUCCUGCGCUACGCCAUGGUCGCAGACGCUGAAAGGGAGGUGCCCUUCAGCAUGGACCCGCUCACGGGAACUCUGAUCGCCUCAGGGCCCAUAGACCGGGAGCAGACCCCAAGCAUCGCCCUCACAGUGACCGCUAUGGACCAGGCAGAGAAUGCUGCAGACCGCAAGCAGACCGCACUGACCGCACACAUAUUCCUCCUGGAUCUGAACGACAACACCCCCACGUUCGUGUCCUCUGACGUGUGUCAGGUUGUUGAGGACGCAGAGGUCGGGAGUGUGGUGCAUCGCCUUGUGGCAAAAGAUGACGACUUGGGCAAAAAUAGCCAGGUUACCUACAGCAUUGUGUCUGGAAACGAGCAGGGCCUUUUCACCUUGGAGGAGAGCACAGGGCUGCUGUUCCUGGCUGCUUCCCUGGACUACGAGUUAGAGAGCUCCCACACAAUGGCGGUUCAGGCUAUGGACAAUGGCCACCCCCAGCUCUCCUCCACACAAACUCUCACUGUCUCAGUGAUGGAUGUCAAUGACCAGGCUCCUGUGUUCGAACACAGCAUCUAUAAUGCCACCGUGAUGGAGAACAGAGACCCUGGGGAACCGGUCAUCCAGGUCACAGCGUUUGAUAAGGAUUCAGAGGAGAAUGCUGCUGUGUGCUACAGCCUCCUCCCUGGACCCGGGUUUGAGCUCUUCACCAUAGACUCUCAAAGUGGGGAGAUCAGCACCACCUCACAACUGGACCGAGAACUGCACCAGCGCUUCACUCUUCGAGUUCUUGGACGGGACAAUGGGAUCCAGCCCCUCUCCAGCACCACCACUGUCCUGUGCUCUGUGCUGGACGAUAAUGACAACACCCCUGAGUUUGUGCAGCCCUCCUUCCUGAUCCGGAUCCCAGAGAACCUACCCCCAGGAGUCCUCCACACGGCCCAGGCUGCUGACCCAGAUGCUGGUGCCAAUGGCACCGUCCAGUACACCAUUCUGGGUGAGGACGUUGAUAAUUUUUUUGCAAUCAAUGCAACAACCGGAGUGAUUAGUACCAUAAAAAGUAUGGACAGAGAGGAGAGGAGCAACUACACCCUCAUCAUCGAGGCACGCGACCAGGGUCCGACUCCAAGGAGCUCUACAGCUCAGCUCCACGUGCUGGUCCUGGAUGAAAACGACAACAGUCCCACCUUCAGCCAGAAGAGCUACCGAGCCUCCGUCAGGGAGGGCCUGCCGGCAGGGUCAGAGGUCAUGCGGCUGACCGCCACCGACGCCGACGAGGGCCCCAGCGGCGAGGUCACCUACUCCCUCGUGGACGACGCGCUGGGUGCGUUCACGGUUGACAGCGCGUCGGGGGUGGUGAGGACGACCCGGCCGCUGGACCGGGAGACGCGGGAGGAGUACAACUUCUGGGCCGCGGCCACCGAUGGCUGCAGCCGGGGCCCACGCAGCGCCGUCACCAGCGUCACCGUCCGCGUCCAGGACAUCAACGAUAACGCCCCCGUCUGCUCCCAGAACCCUGUCGACGCCCCGGUCUCCAUGGAAACCGCCCUCGACCACACCAUAACCACACUGAAGGCUGUGGACGGUGACUUGGGGGAGAACGGGACGGUGGUGUUCAGCUUGUCCGAGCCGGACGCGGUCUUCGACGUCGGCGCCAGCACAGGGGAGGUCCAGUUGAAGACGGCCCUUCUGUCUGGCUUCUUUGGCGUGAAGCUCCUGCAUGUGUUGGUCACUGACCGGGGGACUCCUGCACUGUCCUCCACCUGUCUGGUCCUCAUACACCUGAGAGGAGAGCAGGAGGGACUGCGGUUCACUGAGCAUGUCUAUGAGGCAGCUAUUCCUGAGAACAGCCAGACAGGGUCCUGGGUUGCCAACGUGGUUGCUCAAGACCGAAGCCCAGACGGACGCCGAAUCGAAUACAGUAUUUUCAACGGCAAUGAGGACGGCGCGUUCGCCAUACAUCCAUAUAACGGUGACAUCUCAGUGAAGGAUCAGAGCUGCCUGGACUUCGAGGAGAGGCAGAGCAUCCACCUGGUGGUUCUGGCAGACAAUGGACGACACACGGCCCACUGCAGGGUCACCGUCGCCCUGCUGGACGUGAACGACAACACCCCAACAUUUGAGCAACAUUACUACAAGACCGCAGUGUGGGAGGGCCAGAUCCCCAACACCUACAUCACUCAGGUGUUUGCAACGGACGCGGACAGCGGUGUGCGCGGGCAGAUAAACUACUCCAUCCUGUCUGGGAACCACAAUGACGCCUUUGUCAUCGACUCCACGCGGGGAAUCCUGGCCACCAGCACUGUCCUCGAUCGGGAGAUCAUCUCCUCUUACAAACUGGUCCUGCAGGCUGUAGACAGGGGGAGCCCCCCCCUCACUGGAACUGCCUCCAUCAGGAUCCAGGUGGUGGACAUUAAUGACAACAGCCCAACGAUACCCCCCAUGGAGCCGGUGGUGAUAGCAGAGAAUCUGCCAGGCGGUUACGUCGUCACGCAAGUGGCAGCCAAUGACGUGGACCUGAGCUCCACGGUCACAUACAGCUUCGCAGAGCAGGGAAAUGGAGGCGGGCGGUUCGCCAUCGACCCCUACACCGGGGUCAUCACGCUGACCGGGGCACUCGACCGUGAGGAGGGCUCCCUGUACACCCUGAAGGUCCAGGCCUCCGACUCCAUCCACCAGACCGAGGCCGAAGUGACCGUGGAAGUGCUCGAUGUCAACGACAACCCACCAGUCUUCUCCAAGGAGUACUACCAGGUUGUGUUACCGGAGCUGUCUUCCAUUGACACCUUCGUGCUGGCACUGUCUGCAUCAGACAGAGACUCUGGACUCAAUGGCCAGGUUUCCUACAGGCUUCUCUCCUCUCCUCUAAAAGGCUUCUACGUCAGUGCAGAGAACGGGUCCAUCUACACCAACAAACCGCUGACGUACAUGACUAACGGCAAUGUUAUCCAGCUCCUGGUGGAGGCCCGUGACCGUGGCGACCCCCCACUGACCGCGGUGACAUCUGUGGAAGUGCAGGUGCGGGACGCCAACGACCACGCCCCGCGUUUCCGGCAGGCCGUCUAUCAGGUGAGCACACCUGAGGACACGCCCGUGGGGAGCAGUCUGCUGCUGCUGGAGGCCGAAGACCAGGACUGGGCUCCUGAAAACACUCACGUGGACUACGCCAUCACCGGGGGCAAUGAGGAGAGGCGGUUCUGCCUGGAGGUCAGCAUGGUCCAGACGGAGACACAACAGAGGACCGUGGCCAGGCUCGUGCUGUGCGGCACGCUGGACCGUGAGACCAAGGAGAACCACACGCUGACCGUGACCGCCACCGACAGGGGAAUGCCGCCCCUCAAUGGGUCCGCCGUGGUCUCCAUCACCGUACUGGAUGUCAACGACAACGCGCCCACUUUCAGCAGCUCUGAGUACCACGUGCAGGUCAGCGAGGGCAGCCCACUGGGCACCAGGCUGGCACAGCUCUCAGCCCAUGACCUCGACGAAGGGCCGAAUGCACAAGUCAGGUACGACAUUAUCUCCGGAAACAGCAAGGGCCUCUUCAGGCUGGACCGCAACACUGGCUCCGUGGAGCUGAACGGGAGUCUGGACUACGAGGAGGAUGUGAAAUUCACGCUGACCAUCCAGGCCUCUGAUGGUGAUGGGGCAGGGAGCAGGAACGUGGCCUUCGCUGUGCUUUACAUCUCCGUUUUGGAUGAGAACGACAACUCCCCGUACUUCGCAUUCCCCUCAGUGAACUGCUCUGUGAUGGAAAACCAGCCCGCCUUCUCCCCUGCUUGUACGGUCCACGCCAUGGACCGCGACGCUGGCGCAUAUGGUCAGCUGACCUACUCCAUCCUGGCACCGUGCUUUCUGGACUAUGGGAGUGGAAGCCCAGACCGAAAGGAGGCCUUCGCCAUAGACCCGCUCAGCGGGGACAUUCAUACCAAACAGACAUUCGAUUACGAGAGGGAAAGUGAGUACUGCUUCCUAGUGGAGGCCAGGGACAGAGGUGAUCAGACGGCGACCGUGAGGGUCCAGAUCGUCAUCGAGGGGGCGGAUGAGUUCAGCCCUGUCUUCACACGGCAGCAGUACUUCUUCCAACUACCGGAGAACGCCAGAGCAGGCCAGAGCAUCGGGAGGGUCACAGCUAUGGACCAGGACUCCGGACUGGACGGAAUUCUGGAGUAUUCCAUGGCCAGUCCCUCUCCGUUUUUUUCCAUUAACAAAACAAGUGGCACCAUCUACCUGUCUGGUACGGUGUACAGAAGGAGGGGCAGUGGGAGAGGGGACCUGGUGGACUUUCUGGUGACGGCCAGCAGCCCCAAGCUGGACUCCAGGUCGGCCUCCUGUCUGGUCGUAGUGAACAUCUCCAACACGCCGGAGGUCGGGGUAAGCAUGGCCCUCAGCGCUCAGACCAUCAGCCUCAGUGUGUCUCUGGUCGUCUUCCUCCUCCUUCUCAUCUGCUUCAUUGCGCUCAUCCUGAGGUGCAAGCAGAGAGAGGCCACGGUGAAAAAGUGUUCUUCUCGGACCUCCAGUUUAAAGCACAGCUCAGAAACGCUGGAUAAAACCAACCCUGGUGUAUUCAGUGGCAUCGGCCUCCAGGAUCUAAAGGGCCUGGUGGACAUCCGAGUGAAAAGGGAGUUGACCAAUCCCUACAGGCACUCAGAUUCCAGUGGGCGGGGCUCGGCAGAGGGGGAAACGGCUGAGGACGAGGAGAUCAAGAUGAUCAAUGAGUGCUUGUGUCAUAAGAGCUCCAGCUCCACGCUCAGCACUCUGAGCAACCGGGCGUGCCGGGUCCCAGACUCCGGGAUCGCCCGGGAUUCUAACCCAAUGUCCUGCCGGUCAGAGGAGGGUGAGCUGGAGCCGGUCACCAUGGGCAGCAUCAUGGAGAGCUCCGAGAGCCUCCACAAUUUCAGGGAGGAGGGCGGGGGAGAGGAGAUGCUGUCGCGGCCCAUCACAGUGGGAGACAGCGGGGACGGUGCAGGGGGGUACGCGUCCCAGUGCAGCGCCCCGGUGCCAGUGGGCGGGUCGCUUGCAUCUUUGGUGUGCGCUCAGGAGGAGCUGCAUGGCAGCUACAGCUGGGACUACCUCCUGAACUGGGAGCCCCGCUUCCAGCCGAUGGCCGCCGUCUUCUCUGACAUCGGCCUGCUACCUGACGAGGAGGAUGCGGCGCCCGGCGCAGAAAGGGAGGAGCGCAGGCUGCUCCGCCCCCCGCCACUCAUCACCUCCGUCGCCCAGCCGGGCAUCAGGGCUGUGCCCCCACAGAUGCCUCCGCGGGCAAGGCCCGCCAUGACGAGGAGUCCAACGUUUCCCAAAUACGUCUAUUCGCCCCUGGCCAGGAAUACAGGCCUCACUCCCUCCGCCAUGACACCCAGCUUCUCCCCGGCACUCUCCCUGCUGACCAUGAGGACCCCCACUGCCUCCCCUGUGGUGUCAGAGACAGGACUGGGUGCCCCUCCUGCUAGAACUGCCCCUCACCCCUCCAGCAGCAGAGACGGGGAAAUCCAUGUAUAGACUGUUUACACUGUGUCAAAUAACACCAGGGUAGUACCUUCACAUAAUACCUUUACAAAUACUAUUUUCACAGCACUAAAUAAUGGGGUGAAGGACUUUGCUGUCACUGAUUCUAAUUCCAUUCUGAAUUCCUAAUAGAUCAUCUUUUCACACAUAAUUUAAUGGAAAGAAUAAUUCCCGGCAUUGUCAGCUUGAAUGUAAAUUUUAUUUCACAGUUGAACUCUGUCAUGGUCUGCCAUUUUGGCCCAUGGGCACUU